GUUCGCACUGUUAUGAAAUUUAGAAAAAAAAUAGUAGCUUAGAGUUCAUUGUUCAUUCUGCUCAUUUGUUUUCUUGUUUGUGCUGUUUUUGAGUGAAAAGUAAAAUGACAGUUACAAGAGGACCUACGUUAUUAUUUUUAUUUCGCUCUAAAAUUGAAGAAGCUGUCAGCUUCGUACCUAGGAUGUGUGCUGAGGAGAAAUUAAAAGCUGUUCAAUUCUGGAAUAUCGUUUCUGAAAAACUUCAAGAAAUUAUUAAUAAUAGUGCUGCUGAUAUCAAUGCUGUAACUUUAAAACUAGAUGAAGAAAAUGCUGAGAAGAACUCCUUAGAAAAUACUUCAGGUAUUAUUCUUCAGAAUUUUACUGUUGAUUUCAUGAAUUUAACUGCAAAUUACUCUGGUAGUACAGGUUCAGCUGUCCAGUAUCAAAACGAUGACAUCAGCAACCAUUUGAAGCAAUUUCUUUCCACAACUUCUAACAUCAUGAGUUUCGCCGAUCAGUUGCACCCCACUGCUUUGAGUAACGUCUCGAGUACUGGUGAUUUUAAUGCGACAAAACAGUCCCAAGAAGCAUCAAAAACUGAAAAUGCAUUUUGUGAUGAAAUGCUGAACGUCAAGAGCUCUGCCACAAAUAUCUGUGAUACGUUCAUCAGUGAUUCUCAUCUGCCGAGUGAAACCCCCAGCGCCCUUUCUGAUGUUCAAAGUGAUAAAUGUCCCGUAGAUGUUAGCAUCCCCGACAAAACAGAACCACAACAGAAAUCUAAAAACGGCAAGAAGGCGAAGAGGCUCGUAGCUAUCAAAAAGCCAUCGCUUGUGACAAAUUCUCAUGUCAAGGAAGGCCAUUAUGAUAACUUUGAAAACGAAAAUGGAUGUAAAGAUAUCUGUUCUGCAUUCCCUGGUAUGGGUGAAAAUUCUCCAGACAGUUUCCAUGAUUUCGACUCCAUCGAUUCUGAUGAUUCAAAUUUAAGGGAGAACAUUGUGGGCUUCGUUGUGUCAAACUCUGAGGAAAUAAUUGCCAAAAAUGAUGUUAUGCUUGACAUGACAAAUAAAGGAGAAACAUUAAAGAAUGUUAAUUUUUGCCAAAAAUGUGAUACACAAUUCUCAGAUUGUGAAUCGUUUUCCAAUCAUCAAUGUGAUACUUCUCGUCCAUUUUCAUGCUCAGAAUGUAAAGCAAAAUUUUCCACCAAGGGGAAUUUAAUUGUUCAUUUAAGGAAGCACACGGGUGAAAAGCCGUAUUCCUGCAACAAAUGUUCGUCCAGUUUUUCUACCAAAGGGAACCUGAAGCGUCACUUAAAGACACAUUCCGGGGAAAAGCCCUGGCAAUGCAACCGGUGUGGGGGAAGAUUUACCGAAAAAAAGAGCUUAACUGUACAUAUGAGAAGACACACCGGGGAACGCCCUUAUCAGUGUAAAGUUUGUGGUAAGAAAUUUGCCCAGAGUGGCAUACUACAGACCCAUAUGGCCAUGCACUUGGAUCAAAAAUUUCAUCUUUGUGAGCACUGUGGUAAAUCAUUCCGCCAAAAAUCUCAGUUGCGUAUUCACAAGUUACGACAUGAAAAUGUUCGCAAGUUUUCCUGCGGCUCUUGUUCAUCUCGUUUUUUAACAAAAGGUGAUUUGUAUAGACAUCUGCGGACCCAUACCGGUGAGAGGCCGUUCGUCUGUGAUAUUUGCUCAAAAUCUUUUACUCGACAGCAGUCUUUGAACGAGCACACAAACAGGCAUUAUGGGCUUAAGCCUUAUUCGUGUAAAUAUUGUGGCAGAGGCUUUUCCGAGAUGUCUGCUUGCUACAAGCAUGUUAAGCAGCAUGAACGAAACUGUGAAACUGAUGAUUUGCCAACUGAAACUGAAAAGUCCGAGCAGCAUCAAGAGCAAGGUGAAAGAUGUAACGAAGUUAAUGUUUCGCCAAAUGAAUCAAGUAAAAUUGAGCAGCAGGUUAUUCAAAGUGUAGUGCAUGAUGAGGCUCAUGAAUUGUCUGAUGAAGUCAGCAAAAUUCAGCAGUGUUCAACGGUGGAACCCGAAAGUAUGCCGCUAGUUAAAGGAAAUUAUGAAGAUAGUCCUCCAGCAGAUGUUACUGAAGGUGUACCAAAAUUUUUUGAUGUUCAUUUAGAUACAAAAUCAGAUGAAGAAGAAAAUGAGGGAUCCAUCCCUGCACCUUUUAUUCAUACCUUUUUGGAAUGAUCAUGUUUUAUCUUCAUUACUUACAUAUAUCAAUUUCAUUUGCAUGUAUAUAUUAAUGCGGCAAGUCUCCAUGAAGAUGUUAUAAAUAAAUUAUUUUUGUUAUGAGCUUUUUUAUCAAUAAAAUAAAUUAUUUUAAAUAGUUUUGCUUUUUCUACGUUUCAUGAGAUUCAAUUUUUUUUUUUUUU